GUUACUUUCGUCUUUAUAUCCCAACAAGAGCUCUUAGAUGGUCGUUCGAAUCCGGCUUGCUCGUUCUGGUCCAAGAAAUCACCCCCUGUUCCAUCUCGUGGCCAUUCAAGCUCCCAAAAGACGAGAUGCCAAACCACUUGAACAACUCGGCGUUUUCACACCACAUCCUGUACUGCGGGUCAAGCAGCCGUCAUUGAUCGAUUUAGUUCAGUCCAUUCAGCUGGCUCGCAACAGGGAACCCGAAGCCAUCCAGAAAAUUUCUAGGGGUAUUGCAGAUGGUGGACUACGUGAAGUGCGCAAAGAUAUUCGAUGGGAUGUCAAUCGCAUCCGAUAUUGGCUUGGUGUCGGUGCACAGCCUACCGAGAGUGCUCUUCGAUUGCUAAGAGCUGGAGGGAUCAGUAAGUUUUUCUGGGCAUUCGAACGUCCGUUGUUGAAAAGACUCACCCUUUGUUAUUUUACACCCUUAGUCAAUCAUCCCAAUGACCUAUCACGCCUACGAGCCAAGACAUCUACACCGAAGUCUGAGGCUCGUGUCCCCCUCCGCUUUCUGGUUGCUUCGACUCGCCGAGGACUCCAAGGCACACUUUCUCGAUUCAGAAGACGAGGUAAGUAAUUUAUUCAAGCAGCCGAAGUAAGCGGUUUGAUGCUGAGGGUAGACAAUCCAAUAUAGGUCUACUACCUUUGGGUACUCGAAUUUUACCAGAUGGGCGACUCAGGAUUCCUGGAAUCAUCACAAGUUCGUAAAAGCCAACUCUGGCCAUAUACAUGCCCAAAUUAUCAAGAAAAGAUGUUUACUAUCCAUUCUUGUUCUAGGGUCGGGUCGGAACCUCACUCUGUUCCCAAGUGAAGUGCGCGCAAAUCUCAGCAAGGCAGAACAAUUGCUGAAGAAAGAGCCUGAACGGAUAUUACACCGACGAUGGAAGCCGACUGACGGAUCUAACUCUGAAAGCCAGCCUAGUACGCCCGCCAGACAGAAGCCAGAUCCAGGAUGGUGGAAAGUCAAACGAAGGAGACGAGCAGCUGCGCUGGGACUUACCGAGCAAUUACCACUGUCUCGAUCCAAACCUACCCCAGUACCAGCUUCUUGAUGAAAAAGUGUUUGCCACUUUAUCAUCUUAUGGGCUUUGAUUGUAGAACGGACGAUCGAAGAUCAAGAUACCAGUUCAAAAAGCUUUGCUACCUGUUUAUAAUUCAUGACAUAAGACAAAUCUUAUACCAACUAUGUAUUCAAGGGACUUGCUAGCCAUAAUGUAUGGAGAUGCAGAGUCCAAAUUCUUGGUAGAAUUGAAUCAAACCUGGUCAAAACCAUC